UCUGUACAAAUGUCAAGCUAGUACUUCAAUUCACUAUUUUGAUUUUAGAUAUCAAAUCAAUGCAAGGUAUUAGGUUAUGUUGUGUUUUUAGUAGUUGUGAUAUAUUAAUUGUAAAACAUGGAUAAUGUAAAUCUAGAUGUGCGACACCAACAUUAUGAACUGUUUUUGCAAGAAAUAGAGGGUAUUGAUGACUACUGGGGACCGACAUUUAGGGCAAUAUAUGAUGGAGAUGAGCACCAGAAAUUCAUGGAACAGUUGGACACCCGAAUUAAAAAUCAUGACCGUGAUAUUGAACGGAUGUGCAAUUUUCACUACCAGGGCUUCAUUGACUCCAUCCGGGAACUCCUCCAAGUCCGUUCUCAAGCACAGAAACUCAAUAGCGAGGUGGUCGAGAUGGAUGAAGCCCUCCAGAAGUCAGCGGCUAAAGUUAUGGAAAAGUCUGAGGAGUUGGUUAGAGCUCGGAAAGUAGAAAAAAACAUUGCUGGAGCCAUUGAGAACCUCUCACUAUGUCUUCCUGUACUCAAUACUUAUGCAAAGUUGCAGAAACAAAUGAGUGAAAAAAGAUAUUAUCCAGCUUUAAAAACACUUGAGCAGUUGGAACACCACCACCUGCCUACAGUGGCCAACUACCGCUUUUCCCACCAGAUGAAAGAGAGCAUUCCUAAGUUAAGAGACAGUAUAAAAGAUGCAUCAAUGUCAGACCUCAAGGACUUCCUUGAAAAUAUCAGAAAGUUUUCUCCAAAAAUUGGAGAAGUUGCUAUGAGACAUACUGCAGAACAAAUGGGCAACAGUGAUCCUGGUAUUGUUGGCCGGAAGAAGAAACGCCAAGCUCCUCCUCCACCCAAUCCUUUUACUGGUGAAGUUGCAGAGCCUACUCCGGGAUUGGAUACAGAAGAAGAUCUCAGUGCUCAGGACCUGAUAGACUUUUCCCCUGUUUACCGUUGCUUGCACAUCUAUUCGGUUCUGUCAUCCAGGGACAUAUUUGAGACGUAUUAUCGCAAGCAGCGUAAGAAGCAAGCUAGACUAGUCCUGCAACCACCGACUAACAUGCACGAGUCUAUAGAAGGCUAUCGCACCUACAUCCACAGUGUUGUUGGGUUUUUUGUGGUUGAAGAUCACAUCCUCAAUACUGGCAAUGGUCUUGUGAACCGCUCGUACCUCGACGAGGUGUGGGGAAUGGCCUUGUCGAAAAUUAUGAAUGCACUCAGGACACAUUCGGCUUACUGCACGGAUGCGAACCUGAUGUUGAAGAUAAAGAAUCUCAUCAUGCUGUUCAGCAACACCCUUAGAAACUACGGAUAUUCUGUGAACCAGCUGUCCGAGCUCUUGGCGGAGAUCAGAGUUCAUUACAAUGAAGUCCUCAUGAAACGAUGGGUUCAGGUCUUUAGGGAAAUCCUAGAUGAAGAAAACUUUCUCCCAAUUCAGGUUCCAGAUCAAGCUCAGUAUGAUCAAAUUGUGGCAGCGUUUCCAUUCCAAGACCUUGCUCUUGAGAAAUCUUCAUUUCCUAAAAGGUUCCCAUUCUCACCUCUUGUGCCCAAGGUUUAUCAGCAAGUUAAGGAGUUCAUUUAUGCUUGCCUCAAGUUUUCUGAAGAUCUCAAUUUAAGCCAAGGUGAGGUGGAUGACAUGAUCCGAAAGUCCACAAACCUCCUGUUGACUACAUCAUUUAGUGGCUGUUUGUCUUCCAUCUUCAAGAAACCCUCACUGGCCCUCAUGCAGAUCAUCCAGAUACUGAUAGACACUGGUUACUUGGAGGAUGCCACCACUUAUCUAGAAGAGUUUGUGUCUAACAUCACUGGAUCUCCUCGGGAAGGCCAGCUAGGAUCACGUGGUCAGGGACAUCUGUUCCGUGUCGCACGCGACGACGCAGAGAGACAGAUCUGUGACAAGCUGAAAGCUAAACUGGAUGAGUUCUUGGAGCUGGAAGACUACGACUGGCUGCUGAUAGAGCCACAAGGCCAUGCAUCCAGCUUCAUCACAGACCUUAUUGCAUUCCUGGACAGUACCUUCCAGUCCUUCACAAACUUGCCGGCCAAAGUUGCUCAGGAGGCUUGCAAGUCGGCUUGUGAACACAUUGCUAAAUCGAUGUUGGAUUUCCUGCUCAAUGAGGAUGUCAAACAGAUCUCGACAGGAGCUUUACAACAGAUCAAUCUGGAUACUAUCCAGUGUGAACAGUUUGCAGCCUCCGAGCCUGUGCCUGGGUUGGAGGAAGGAAUCCUCCUGCAAUAUUUCGCAGCCCUGAGACAACUUCUGGACCUUCUCAUGUCAUGGGACUGGCCCACAUACUUCCACGACUAUGGCCAGGAAAACAGUAAAUACCAACUGGUCAAUCCCAACAAUGCAAUCACCAUUCUUGAGAAAAUUCGAGAAGCAGACAAGAAGACUAUGUUUUCUGUGCUGAAGAAGAGUGAAAGGGACAAGAAGAAACUUCUAGACACUGUUUUGAGACAACUGAGACAGCUGGCAAUGACUGCCCAGCAGCAAUAGGCUACAAUUGCCUUCAGUGUUUCAUAAUUAUUUUGUCAGAUUUUAAUAGUGCUACUUAAAAGUAUUAUAUUACUCUAUAGUAUUUAUUUUACAAUAUUGUGCUGUUGUGUAAAUCCCUUUAAUAUUCAGUGCAUAUAUAUGCUGGAUAUUUUCUAGCAAUUGCAGUCUUUCCUUAAGCUUCUACCAGCAGAUGGAAAUAAACAUCAGCUUGCAUACCAUCAAAAGAUUUGAAAUUAACUUAAUGUAGUGUGUGUCAAAGCACAUCAAAUACUUAAGUCAUAAUAGUACAAAAUGCACAGUUGAUGAAAACACUCCAGUGACAAACAAAAUUUGUUUCUAACACAUGUGGCAAUUUUUAUCUGUGCAACUAUUGACUCUCCCAUUAACCUUUUGAAGAUAAAACUAUGAUGUAUCUGUCAAACUUGUAGGGAAUACAGUGAACUUUCAAAAUAUUGGAAGCUAAGCAAUGCAUUGUUUAAAUUUAUUCCAAAAUAUAUUGGUAAAAUGUUUGAAAAAAAAACUAUAGGUAGAUAAUGAAAAUAAGAAAAUAAAACGAUUUUACAAAUAAUAUUUGUCUUAGAAUUUGUUCUCAUCAUUAUCUAACCAAAGCAUAACCAAGUUCCAAAACAUCUUGUAGAUAAUUCAAACCUCAAUGAAUAAAUACAUAUAUAUGUAAAGUAAAUAAACAAAGAUAUACCAGUGUAAUAAGCCUAUAAGUCUCACAAUUAUGUUAAGUGACCAAACUAAAAAUUCGAGAAAGAAGGUAAUUAUGUGUUAAGAGAGUUCCUCUCUUUUCAUUUUCCAGAAAUAGUUUAAAACAUUAACACUUCUACAAGCAGUACACAACAUCAAGAUGUCUGUCAUGUUCAGCAAAUCUUUUGUUUUGUUUGCUAAUUAUUUUGUUAGAAGAGAAAUUCGAUUUUUAUUAUAAUUACUAUUACUUAAGUUUUACUAUUGAUAAUAUACCAAUUGUUAUUUAUUUGAUAAUUUAUUCUCUAGUUUAUUGUUGGACAAUAUUGAAUUAUAGAUAUUUUUGUACAACAUGUUUAUGAAUUAUUAAUACUGUUUAUAAAAAAUUCCUGUCUUUUAUUUACCAGAAUAAAUAUGAUGUCUUUAUAUUAUUUA